UGGCCACUCAGGCUGGGGCUGGCUGGAGGGCUUUCAGCACAGCCCACACCAGCUCUCACCGAGAUUCUGGGUGCUGGUUUGAAGUCAUGAAACGCCAUCUCAUGGAGCACAGGGGAGAACAGACACCAAUCAAUGGGACGGCCGUGGGCAUGGCCAGCCCAGACGCCGCAGAGGAGAGCACAGGAGUGUGCUGGCAAGGGACCAUGAGGAGGAAUGAGUCAUCUCCGCGGCCAGGGCCUGCCUUCCUCCCUGAGGACGACAUCUACUUGGCAGCCCGGGCACAGGGGGUGCUGGGCUGGAGCAGCUCUCCAUCAUCCCAGUCAUCCUCCGAGUAUCAGUCCUAUUCUCAGUACCAGUCCUGGGACUCUAACAAGUCCGAAGAGCAGAAGGAAACCCCACCUGAGAGCGUGUGCGCCUUGUAUACCCACGUGCAGACCGUGCGCGGCGUGGCAGUGGCUUGGGAGACUGAUGAUGGCUUCGAGCCAGUCACCAGGAAGCCCCUUAUACGGGAGGCAGAGUUCAUCAAACGUCAGCGGAGGAAAGGCUCCUCCUUCGAGAUGGCCUCCAACACAGACCUGCGCUGGGAGCUGGAAGCCUGCAAGCACUACUGCCCACAGACUGAGGACCCUGUGGACUGCUGCAUGCAGGAGCUACGAGCACCACCAGACUGGCUGGUCACCACCAACCACGGCUUGCGCUGUGUGGCCUGCUGCAGAGUCUUCCCUACGCUGGAGGCGCUGCUGGACCACGCCCAGCAUGGCAUCCGAGAUGGCUUCAGCUGCCAAAUAUUCUUCGAAGAGAUGCGGGAAAGGAAGCGGGCCCAAGAUCAAAGACAGGACCAGCAGCCUGUGGAGGAGGAGCAGAGCCCUUCAGACAGUAGUGAAUGUACCAGGCCCCUAACCAAGGUGCUUCUGCAGCAGCAGCAGGAGGAGGAGGAGGAGGGGGGAGUGGAGGUGGAGGAGCAGGAGAAGCAGCAGCAGGAGAAGCAGGAGCAGCAGCCGCAGCAACAGCAGCAACAACAGCAGCAGCAGCAGCAGCAGCCACACCCACAGCCACAGCCACACCCACAGCCACAGAAGCAGCCGCCGCCGAGGCAGCAGCCACAGAGGCAGCAGCAGCCGCUGCGUCAGCAGCAGAAACAACAGCCACUGCAGCAACAGGGAAAGUAGAGAGCGGAGGUGAGCUGCCCACCCUCCCUCCAGCAUUUUGGGUUGCUGCUCCUUUUCCAGCCAGUCGGACCAGAGCCACCAGAGCAGGGGGAGAGGACAAGGGUGGUGGGGGGGAAAGCCAUCCAUGUGGCAUGUGGAGUAACGAAGGUGGGAGGAGUGGGAGUCUUUCUCCCAAGGUGGAGAUUUCCACUAGAGUCCAUUUCAAAACCCGAAUCCAAAGAAGAGGGCUUCAAGGGUUCCUGAUGGUGGAUGCAAGAUGGGAAUCAGGCAAGCGUGUGGCCACAGGAUUUCUAUUUUUGCUGAAGGAGCAGCAGCAGUCCACACUUGCUGUUCAAAUACAAGUGACUCACGGAGGAGCCAACUGCAAAUGAAGCUUCGGCCCUAUUUUUUUCAUUGUUAGGAAUCUGUCAUAUGCCCUAAUUCUAUGUCUUAUGUUGUUGGGAUUAAACUUGAAUA